UAGCUUACUAGGAGCCCCCUUCCCCUGUAGAAAGAGUUACUUUUCCUGAGGCUCUGAAGAGGAGAGGACCCUCUCCUCUUUUCUGCAUCUUUGCCCCUCCUGGGGCAAGGAGUCUUCCAUCUACAUCCCCACAGCCUGGCCCAGGGCCCACUGGCCCCACAGUGACCCAGCUGAGAUGACCAUCAAAGUGGAUUUUGAGGAGUGUCUCAAGGACUCACCCCGCUUCCGGGCUUCGGUUGAACUGGUGGAAGCUGAAGUAUCAGAAUUGGAGACCCGGCUGGAAAAGCUUCUCAAACUGGGCACUGGCCUCCUGGAAAGUGGACGCCAUUACCUAGCUGCUGGCCGUGCCUUCAUUGUUGGCAUUUGUGAUCUGGCCCGCCUGGGUCCACCAGAGCCCAUGAUGGUGGAAUGUCUGGAAAAAUUCACUGAAAGCCUGAACCAUAAGCUGGACAGCCACGCAGAGCUUCUAGACGCCACCCAGAAUACUCUGCAGCAGCAAAUCCAAGCCCUGGUCAAGGAAGGUCUCCGGGGUUUCCGAGAGGCUCGUCGGGAUUUCUGGCGGGGGGCUGAGAGUCUGGAGUCUGCUCUUACCCACAAUGCAGAGGUUCCCAGGCGCCGGGUCCAGGAGGCAGAAGAGGCCGUCGCAGCUUUGAAGAAUGCUCGAGCUAGUUACAGGGGACGAGCACUGGAUUAUGCCCUGCAGAUCAAUGUGAUUGAGGACAAGAGGAAAUUUGACAUCAUGGAAUUUGUCCUGCGUUUGGUGGAGGCCCAGGCAACCCAUUUCCAACAGGGUCACGAGGAGCUGAGUCGGCUAGCCCAGUACAGGACGGAGCUGGGUGCCCAGUUGCACCAGCUGGUCUUGAAUUCAGCUCGAGAGAAGAGGGACAUGGAACAGAGACACGUGUUGCUGAAACAGAAGGAGCUGGGCGGGGAGGAACCAGAACCAAGCCUGCAGGAGGGGUCUUGUGGCCUGGUCAUGGAAGGACAUCUUUUCAAAAGGGCCAGCAAUGCAUUUAAGACCUGGAGCAGACGCUGGUUCAUUAUUCAGAGCAACCAGUUGGUUUAUCAGAAGAAAUACAAGGACCCUAAGACUGUGGUGGUAGACGACCUUCGUCUCUGCACAGUGAAGGUCUGCCCUGACUCAGAAAGGCGAUUUUGCUUUGAGGUGGUGUCCCCCAGCAAGUCCUGCCUCCUCCAGGCUGACUCUGAGCGUCUCCUGCAGUUGUGGGUCAAUGCUGUGCAGAGCAGCAUCGCCACAGCCUUCAGCCAGGCUCGCCUGGAUGACGACACCCGGGGUCCAGGCCAGGGCUCAGGACACCUGGCUGUGGGCUCUUCUGCCACUCUGGGUUGUGGUGGUUUGUCCAGGGGAAGGGAAACUGGGGGAAGCAGGCAUGUGGCAGCCCAGGUACAGAGUGUGGAUGGCAAUGCCCAGUGCUGCGACUGUCGGGAGCCAGCCCCUGAGUGGGCCAGCAUCAACCUUGGUGUCACCCUCUGCAUUGAGUGUUCCGGCAUUCACAGGAGCCUUGGAGUUCAUUUCUCCAAAGUACGGUCUCUGACCCUCGACUCAUGGGAGCCAGAACUAGUGAAGCUUAUGUGUGAGUUGGGAAAUGUAGUCAUCAACCAGAUCUAUGAGGCCCGUGUGGAGGCCAUGGCAGUGAAGAAGCCAGGGCCCAGCUGCUCCCGGCAGGAGAAGGAGGCCUGGAUUCACGCCAAAUAUGUAGAGAAGAAGUUCCUGACCAAGCUUCCUGAAAUUCAAGGGCGAAAAGGGGGUCAGGGGGCCCUGAGAAGGCAUCCUCCGCUGCCCCCAAAGCCUUCUAUCAAGCCAGGGCCAGGGAGCUUCAGAUCUAAGCCAGAGUCUCCCUCUGAUGACCUGGGCAGCCUGCAUCCUGGGGCCCUGCUGUUUCGAGCUGCUGGCCACCCUCCAUCCCUUCCCACCAUGGCUGAUGCUCUUGCCCAUGGAGCUGAUGUCAACUGGGUCAAUGGAGGCCAGGAGAAUGCCACACCACUGAUCCAGGCCACAGCAGCCAAUUCUCUUCUGGCCUGUGAGUUUCUCCUCCAGAACGGAGCAAACGUGAACCAAACAGACAGCCAGGGCCGUGGCCCACUUCACCAUGCAACCAUUCUUGGACAUACUGGGCUGGCCUGCUUGUUCCUGAAACGGGGUGCUAACCUGGGGGCUCGGGACUCUGAAGGCAGGGACCCUCUCACUAUCGCCAUGGAAACAACCAACGCAGACAUUGUCACCCUGCUAAGAUUGGCCAAGAUGAGAGAGGCCGAAGUGGCCCUGGGCCAGGCAGAUGAGACUUAUCUGGACAUUUUCCGGGACUUCUCCCUCAUGGCAUCUGAUGACCCAGAGAAGCUGAGCCGGCGCAGUCAGGACCUCCACACGCUUUGAUUCCUGACCUUAGGUUAGCGGCGGCAUCCCCAGCCCUUCCAGUCCUACAGCGUGCCCCUUGGCCAUUAAAGUCUGUUUUCACACUU